AUGCAGCUGCCGUUCAUCGUGGCCGGAACCGUGAUCACCGGAUGUCUGAACUCAAUCUUCACAAAAUACCAAGAUAAUCAGUGUGUGGCAUUUUGUGACGAUCCCGUGAACAGAAAGCUAUUUGAGCAGCCUGUGUUGCAAACACUGGUGAUGUUUGUGGGGGAGUCCGGUUGCUGGCUGUUCGUACUAGCAUCGUUUUUAUCAGCUCGGUAUACCACUAAAUAUCAACGAGUUAGUGAGACAACGCCUCUUGUUUCCACCGUUGAAUCCAGUAUAAAGACAGAACUCCGCGCUGGUCAGUCGUUCGUGCUUGCGGUGCCAGCUAUAUGCGAUAUCUGUGGAACCACUCUGCUUAACCUUGGAUUGCUCUACACGCCGGUGAGCGUUUAUCAAAUGACCCGUGGAACUCUGAUCUUGUUUGUGGCACUAUUCUCAGUGCUGUUUCUCAAUCGCAAGAUCUCGCGAAUCGAAUGGACUGCAUUGUUUGUGGUUGUGUUUGGGGUCUUUUUGGUGGGUCUGGCCAGUGGAGGAAAUGGAGAUGCGAGUGACGGCCCCUCUGCCUCUUCUAUUGCCAUUGGAAUGUCCAUGAUUUUUAUUGGAGAAAUCUUCUCGGCAAGUCAGUUUGUUGUUGAAGAGUACAUUAUGUCCAGGUGGACCAUGGUUCCAGUCAAGCUAGUUGGAUGGGAAGGCACCUAUGGGUUUGGUGUUACUCUUCUUGGAAUGCUGUUGAUGGACUUGGCUGCUGGUAAUAAGGGAAGAGGGGGACCGUUCGAUGUUUCAACCGCCUUUUAUCAGCUUAUCAACUUCCCCACUGUGUGGAUGUCCUCCGUCGCAAUCAUGUUUAGCAUUGGAAGUUUCAACUUUUUUGGUUUAUCACUAACAGAUCGCUUGAGUGCAACAGCCAGAUCUACAAUUGACACCUCGCGCACUCUGCUUGUAUGGAUAGUUUCGCUUGCCCUUGGAUGGGAGAGCUUCAAGUCUAUGCAGUUACUGGGGUUCGUUUUACUGGUAUUCGGAACGCUUGUGUUCAACGGUGUUAUUCAGAUUGCCGACUGGAAAUAUGUGCCGCAGUGGAUCAAGACUGACAGCCAGACCAGAGAGAAUCUGCUAAUCAACGUUGUUGACGAACAGAUCGAGCGGAUGUAA